AUGGAAGAAAUCCUUAGCUACACUGCUUGCAGACAAUUAUCUCAAAUGUUCAUUGCAGUUAUCUUCUUUCACGUUUCAGAAUAUUUUCUAGCUGCCUUCAUUCAUGGGAAAUCGAGUGUAACUCUGAAGUCCCUUUUGAUUAGCAAAGACUAUCUUUUAGCAAUGAUAUUUUCAUUGCUAGAAUAUUUAGUCGAGGUUACUUUCUUUCCAGAGCUAAAGGAAUAUUGGGUUGUCAGUGAUUUAGGGUUAGUGCUGGUUGUUAUAGGGGAAACUAUAAGGAAACUGGCAAUAAUAACAGCAGGGCAAUCGUUUACUCAUAUGAUUAGGGUUCGUCCGGAUGAACGUCACCAUUUGGUUACACAUGGUAUUUAUAAAUUUAUUCGCCAUCCAGGGUACUGUGGUUUCUUCAUCUGGUCUAUUAGCACUCAAAUAAUGCUCUGUAAUCCUUUAUCAACUAUUGGAUUUGCAGUUGUUGUCUGGAAGUUUUUCAAUACUAGGAUACCGUAUGAGGAAUACUUUUUGAGACAGUUUUUUGGAAUGCAGUAUGUUGAAUAUGCCCAACAAGUUGUGUCUGGGGUGCCAUUUGUAAAUUGA